AUUUUCUAUUUAUAAUUAUUUUAUAAUUUACUAUGAUUUUUUAAAGAUUCGAUCAAAAUAAAUAUAUAAAAAAGGAGAAAAACCGCUGCCACCUUAGCCUCAAACCGCUCAUGGAGGUUAUAUAAACGGUUUUAUGAGUAUGAGGAGGCUGGCUGGAUGGUUUCAUUGUUCAAAAAUAUAAUCGGCCUAAAAUUGAGAGAGGUAAAAAAGAACUUUUUCCAAAUGGAGGCAAACUCAAUUUCUUUGAGAACCCAAUUUUCGUUUUGGACUAAUCAAACAUUUUGAGCCUCGUUUGGGCCGUCAAAAGGCCUAAACGUGCGCAUUUCACUGCUCACGUUUUCUUCAAAGCCCAUCUUACGCACCUUGCUUUCUCCUCCUCGCCGUCGCCGCAAUAAACCUCAGCAAGAAACCGCACAACCCCCGCCUCGCCGCCGGCAGCUCACCGGAGACGGCACCCAUGGCCUCCCGCCGGGCGCUCCACCUCCUCACGCCCUACCGUGGCAUCUCGUCGACCCCGCACCUCGCCUCCAUCGGCUGGUUCGACAAGAUCAAGUCCACCUUCACCGGCAAGAAGCCCGAGGCCUCCGAGGCAGACUCCUUCACCCUCAUCAGUAAGUCGACGAUGCGCCGAUUCGCGGACACAAUGGAGAUGGCGAGGAAGGUGGGGACGUUCAAGAACUUCGUCGCCGGGCGGGCCAGCGAGGCCACCGUCGUCAACGCCUUCGAGAAGCAUUCUGCCGUGCUGCGCUACCUCGGCGCCAUCGACCCCACUGGCGAGAAACUCCAAAACAGUUACAAGAUUAAUUCGACCAAACACUGCAACUGCACGAUUGCUGAUGUGGAGCACAUACUGGCCAAGUAUACAUGGGCGAAAGAGGCACAGAAGAAGAUGGCAAAGCUCAAGGAAGAAGGAAAGCCAUUGCCAAAGACAUUUAAUGAGAUUCAAAAUCUAAUGGGCUCUACACCAAUGGACGUUGGCCGAUCUAAUCUGGCGAAGAGUGGUCAGAUAAGUAGGAAUGCUCUCUGCCCAUGUGGUUCUAAGAAACGAUAUAAAAGGUGCUGUGGAGCUUCAUAAGGUGAACAACCAUGCUUUUGUCUGCUUGCACGUGAUGAAGGCCAGAGGCAGCAUUUAGGUUUGCUGUGAUCAAGAAAAGCCUUUUGGCAAUUCUCAAUGUGAGAAUGCAGCUAUUUCCUCGACAGCAAACCGUGUGAGCUGCCAAGCAUGUGACUUUUAUAAACUUGUAAAACACCAUACGUGAGCCCUGUACUUUGGGGGGGAAAAAACCUUUGCUCGAAUUGUGUGAUUUCUUGGUUGAUUCGAUUCGUUCUUGCUGAUGAAUCUUAGCAACAUCCAUUUAGCUUGUUCAGAGUUCUCAUACAGGCCUGAGUAUGUUUUAAGCUUCACUCAAAUUUUCUAUUCUAGAUGGCAUAAGGAGUUAUGAUGGAUGAAUGUGAAUAAAAUAACCGGCUUUUGCUUCACAUCUUA